AGCACUGUGGCAUCUAUAAUGUAUCGAUAGUAAUGUCGAUAGUUGUGUAUCAAGCUGGAUUAAAUGUUGAGUUGAAAUAUUUUGUUAAAAGAUUUAACAAAUAUUUACUGACUGCCCAUGUCCUUCUUCACGUUUUCCUAAUAAUCAACUAACUAAGAAACUAUUAAACGACAAUCAAGCACAUCAUUUUAUAUUGUCAGAUCUUCAAGCCAUGUCUGUCGCCAUUGAAAAUAUAAAAACAGUGGCUAAGUGCAGCAGUCCGCAGAGUAGAGAAAGCAGCAAAAAAGAAGCCCCCACUAAUAGGUCAAGGAAGACUGUUUGGUACACCAUUGACGAUGUCCUGCAGGAGACUGUUUGCCCCAGCUGUGGCAGAAAGAUGAUCGCGUUCAAAAACCCCAUUGCCCAUGUGAAAAAGUGCUUCAGUAUAAGAAGACUCGGUACCGUAUACAGACUCCAUGGCUACACGGAGUGCAAGUGCGGGCUUCUCAUAUCCGACAAACCAAAAGCCAAGAAGCUCCAUGUUUGUGUGGGGGCAGUUCCUGAUUUUGACCCAGUCCUCUCAUAUGAUCCAGAGGAGCCUUUGUCGCUCUCGCUUGCACCUGAAGCUUCGCCUGCACCUGAACCUUCGCCUGCAAAGCACCCGCCCGUUAAGAUUUUUGAGAAAAAAGUACUGCAGCCUAAAGCUGAAGUUUGGAUACGCAACUUUGUUACUCCCAUUAAAGUUGACUACACCGAGGUCCCGGAGGUAGAAAAGCCGAUAUCCAAAAACAAUCCCAACCUCAAACCGACGCCGAAGCCGCGGGUGCGCAACUUUGAUAGGCGGACAAUAUGCCAAGAGCCCGACGAUGUAUGCGUCUAUUCCAUAAUUCGCAAAAAUGGAGCUAUUUCGAUAGCGGAGCUUUCCCCUCAAUCAAAGCGAGGGGGCAAUGAGAACGAGAUGGAAAUCGGGAGACCUGCUCCACGCCUGCCAACGGUUCUGAGAAAACGCGACUUAUGAGUUGUAUCGCUUAAUAAUAGAGUAUAAUUAUUAGAACAGGACUUGAAGUUUGCUACUGCUAGCCAUUAGUUUAACAAUUACACACAAAUUAUCCUAUUUUCGUGAA